UUAGCACCUCCAAGUUAGUGUACUCCUCCGCCUACAUGACAGAUGUACAGUACUCUUGGCGGAUGGAUCUGUAACAACCUGGGCAACGGAAAAGCUACCGAAAAAUUUUACGACCGAAAAAGAAUGCUGGUCCAUCAAGGGAUAAAAUGCCUGUUUAGGUUUUCACGAACGUAAUGGAAAGCGAAAAACAAGUUUUGGAGAGAGACUCGCCACAUCAGCCCUGGAGAAGCUGCAAGUUGAUGAUUGAUCCUGCUCUGACAAAAGGACUGUACAAAGUGUACCGCUACGAUGGGCACUACUUUAAUAUACCCGUUGACGACAUAGGCUUGUUUCCAGUGGAGUCAGUGAAGGAUCCACGCAUCUGCCGCCUGUGGAGCAAAUGCAUCCAGACUGACCUGGUAGUUCCUAGAUUUAAGAUAGAUGAGUGCUAUGUUGGCCCUAUUCCUCCCAAAGAAGUGACAUUUUCCAGAUUGAAUGACAAUGUAAGCAAGGACUUCCUGACUAAUAUGUGUAUGAAAUAUGGCAACACUGAAGAAGUGGAGAUUUUCUACAACCCAAAGAACAAGAAGCAUUUAGGCAUCGCUAAAGUUGUUUUUGACACUGUGAGUGCUGCAAAGGACUCUGUUCUUCACCUCAAUCAAACGUCAGUGAUGGGCAACAUCAUUCAUGUGGAAAUUGAUCCGAAAGGUGAAAACAGGCUGCGCUACCUCCAGCUCCUCUAUAGUGACCUCUACACUCUGCGGACCCUACCAGUGGGCAGCAGUGAGCAAAGUCUCCAAAACUUAAUCGACAAUUUACUGUGUAAUGCAGCCACACAGGGACAAGGGAGCCCAAACAGCAUCACCACCCCGCUCUCUCUCGACACAGCUUAUUCCAGUAUUUGUCAGGAUACGCCUUGUAGCUUUGGGCUGACGCCCUAUUCACAGGGAACCCCGCAUACUCCCUGCUUGUCUGCUACUCCCCUCUCCCAGGACUCAUGUUAUUCCAGUCUUCAGGGCACUCCAAUCCUACAGGGCGAACCCCCGACUUACAGUAUUCACAAAUCAUUCAGAAGAGAGCUUUGCUGUCGUAAAUUGUCAAGGUUUCGGGAGGGAUUUGGUGAUGUCUCUGAGGUAAAGUUUAUUUUGAAGCACCGCCAACCCCAACCUUCCUUGCCGCUGUUUACCCAAAGCAGCAGGCAGGGGCUUCCACAAUGGACUGACAAUAGAAAUACAUCUGGUCGCAGUGACAAAAAACAUUCCGUUCAACUUCUAUCCCCUGGUGCAGAGUCCAGGAAUGUGUUUGGCACUACCUCAAAAGCUUCACAUAUAAACUCUUUGAGCAUCUUGAGCGUUGAUUUAGCCAACAAGCAGACAGAAGCGAUCAUCCCACCUGACACACAAACCAGCAGAGCAGAGUUGCCUCAGUCACUUGAGACCUGUAUCCCAAGAAACCCCCAACCAGAGGCAGAGACUUUGGACUCCCGCAUUCAAAGUUUGUUGACAAACAGCCAAAGUUCAGACAGUUUCCUUGGGAAUACCUUGAAGGCUGAUGUGUACGCUGAAGACAGCCCAACUUCACCCUGUUCAUCCCCAUACUUUUCUUUGGAAGAUGUCAGUCCAACACCGUUUCCUGAAGAUGAUGAAACUUCCCAAGCUGUUUUCUUUCUUACUUCCCAAAAUUAUACAGAGUCUCCCUCUGCAUUAGAUAUCACCGAGUCUGAAGGAAUGGAGGGUAUAAACAGUAAGACACAUGCAGGAAGGCAUCAGGCAUCAUGUUCCAAGGAGCUUCACUUAUCAAAUGAAGACAAAGGACCUUCCGAAUUUUUGACAGCAACUCUUCCUCAGGCUCCCUGUAACACUCACCAGUCCAAACCUCCAUCUGCCAUUGAAUCUGACAGAUUCUGUCCACCAUGUCCGCCUGUACCUUUCCCCAUUCCUUCUUUUCCUCCUGCCCCACCUCGCCUCCCAAAUGGAAUAAUUCCCAUUCCACCUCCAGGCUGGAUCCUGCCUCCAGGCCAUCACAACAACAUCUGCAUACGCCCAGCCUCAAUUCUACCACCUCCUAAUUUCCUGGUACCCCCAGCUCCUUUGGUGUCACCCUCUGUGCACACAUACCCCUUAUCCCUCCAACCUCCAAGUGACUUGGACAAGGGCAAUUCACCAAGGCUUAGAAGUGUCUCCUUACGGCCUUGUGCACCACCCUGGAUUGCUCCACCUUUCCCUUGUUUCAAUCCUUCAAUGCCCCCACCAGACUACCCACAUAUGAGGGAAAACCCUCAUAAAGCAACAGUUGAAAAAGUUUUAGAUGUGCUCAUGGAUGAACUGAAGUCCAUCAUCAAGAAGGACAUCACUCGUAGAAUGAUUGAGGGCGUUGCAUUUAAGGUGUUUGAAUACUGGUGGGACAAUCAAGAGAAGAAAGCAAAGAUACGAAUUUUGCCUUUGGUGGAUAAGAAAAAACAACUUAGAAAUCCUUUGAAUGACAUUACUGGUGAGCGCAAAAAACCUCCACUCCCCUCAUUCAAGGUAAAGAAGAAAAGAGAAGUCAAUCCUGAAAUAUCAGAAGCAAUAGAAAGUGAACAUUCUGGUAGGACUGAAGGGGACAUUAUGGUGAAACCAACAUGUGAGAAACGUAAACACAGACAUGCAAGACCUCUUGAGCUUGAUAGUGAUGAUGAUGAUGGAGAUAGAGACCAUGAAGCACAUCAAGAGGAGGAAAGGCAAAGUAUAGAAGACAAAGACGAACCAACUGGGCCCAUAGUUGAUAAUAUCCACAAUAUGUUUGACAGAAAAGAUCUUGCCAACAAUAAAGAAGAGAAAGAGAAACUGGAAAAACACAAGCAGGGGGAAGACUUGUCUCAGGCUUCUUCUGAAGUGCUGUACUGUAGCAGUGAGACAUACUCAGAGUGCAGCUCUUCAGAGGAAAGUGACUGCUUGUCCAACUUAGACUCCUCAGACUCUUGUACCUCAGAGAGCUAUGAGGAUUCACCGUACACUGAAGAUGACGAUAUGGAAGACUAUAUAAUGAACAGUGAAGUUGACAAAUGUGUUGUACUAUCAUCAGAUGAGGAGACCAUGGAGCUUGAGCCCCCUGUAACUCCUUCAGCCCCCCUCACUCCUGGCACUCAGCUGGAACUGAUCCUAGAGGAGUGGUCAGAUAAUAGCGAGGAAGCAGAGGUGAACCAUUGCAUGCACCAACAAGAUGUAAUAAUGGGGCUGCAUACCACUGGAUCUCACGAGUUAGAGCCCCAGUCACCUAUUGGCCUUCCAGUUGAUCUUGAACUUGAUGCAGAGAUGGAGGGCCAUGAAUGGGCCUUGGGGUCUCCAGAGAACAUCAUGAGACCUCUCACUCCCACUGGCAGCAUGAUUGACAGUGACCCUGACCUUGGGAUCAGAAGUAAACCAACAUCUCCAGCCGCUGAGGAAGUCGAACGACCACAAACACCAGGCAAGGGCACAGGAGUUCACUUGGGAAAUGAAGACUCAGCAGAUGACCUCUUGCUAACCAACAGCGAGUUCCAUCUGUCGUCAUCGAUGACAGCAGCCUUGUUAUUCCAGGAAACACCCAAAACCCCAGGUAGAGAAGACACAAGUCCAUGGCGGUGUAAUAAUAAGGUUGGGGGCCCAGGCACAGCAGAAUGCGAGGAACUUGCACCAGAGAAUACCAGUCCAACAUACCCACAGUUUAGAAACCCAUUGUCUAAUUCAUCAAUUAGCAAUCCAUUUUUAUCGGCACCAAAGACUCCAGGGAGAGAUAUUUUUGUGCCACGAAGAGCUGCAGUACACAGGCAAACGACUCAAAUAGUGAAUACCUCACAACCCCUUUUAGAUGACAAAUUUCUUGGAACAUCAUCUUCAUGUAGCCUCUCUGACUCUUCAUCUGAUGGCAGUGGAGUGCGAACCUCGUUAGGUGUGAGAGCGAUACCCCUCCAAGGAUUGGAGAACAUGCCGGGUCUUCUCAAUGAGGGAAAUUGGAGAGACACAAAAGUGAGGCGUAAACUGUGGAACAAACGAAAAAGGGGUUGGAGGAAGCGCCGCUUCUCUUGCAAUCGGUCUCCUAGGUGGAAUUCAGUGCAUCAGCAGAGCAGGAUACUUCAGAGUGUAUGGAAGGACGGUCUGGAUGAAGAGGAUGCGAGGCUGCUGCAGUGCACUUAUGAAAGGCUACAAGAGGAGGAUGAUGGUUGCAGCUGGCUAAGUGACACCCUCUGGAUUCCCCAUCCACUGACUAAAGUUAGAGAGAAGAAUGAAGGACUCCAAUUAUGGCAGCAUAACCACAAAACAGGUUCAGCCCGCAGUGAAGGCUUUUACAAAAUCCACUGGAGGGAUAAACUUGAAUACCUCAACAAAGCCAGAAGCACUGAGCUUCCUUCUGCAAUCUCUCAGCAAGGUCUUUCGACACAGCCCACCUUACUUCGUGCUGGAUCGGACUUCAGGUCGGAACAGCGUCGUCUGCUGUCAUCGUUCGGCUGUGACAGUGACCUGGUCAAGUUUAACCAGCUCAAGUUCAGAAAGAAGAGGAUUCGCUUCGGUCAAAGUCACAUCCACAAUUGGGGUCUCUUUGCCAUGGAGCAUAUAGCAGCUGAUGAAAUGGUGAUUGAAUAUGUAGGCCAAAUUAUCAGACAGAACAUCGCUGACAUGAGAGAGCACAGAUAUGAAGAGCAGGGUAUUGGAAGCAGCUAUUUGUUUCGGGUCGAUCAAGACACCAUCAUUGACGCCACUAAAUGUGGGAAUUUAGCCAGAUUCAUCAACCACAGCUGUAAUCCCAAUUGCUAUGCAAAGAUCAUCACCGUAGAGUCUCAGAAGAAGAUAGUGAUUUACUCGCGUCAGCCGAUUGGCAUCAACGAAGAAAUUACGUACGACUACAAGUUUCCCAUUGAGGACACAAAGAUUCCUUGUCUGUGUGGAGUUGAAAGCUGUCGGGGCUCUUUGAACUAAUCACAGCCAGAGUGUCCUGCUUGUAUCUUAGAGAGGAGCACACGUUGCCUGAGGUACUGUACAAAAUAAACACAGCCACUGAAGAUGUACUUUUUAAGUAAUAUUUAGACAAGUGCAGGCGCUCACUGGACUUAAAAAAAAAAGAUGAGAGCUACACCAAUCAGGAUCUAAUAGACUAUUCUGACCAGCACUUACAGUAUAAGCUAUUGUGUAAUACGUGUUGAUGAGUACUCCUGACUUUUGUAAAUUAUUUAAUUAUGUAAAAGCUGUCUUUUUGGUCAUACAUUAUAAAGGCAUGUUUGGCUGUAAACCACAGUAUGUACUGUAUGUAUGUAGCUUCAUAACUGAAUGAUGUGUUGGCCUUAUUGUCAAAAUGAUAACACACCGUUUUCAGUUGUGUUUUCCUUGAGUCUAGACUCAGUGAUAUUUUUCAGUUGUUUCAGGUUUUAAAUUGUUUUAACCACAGAGAUGUAAAAGAAACACAACACUGUAUUAGAAGAAAACAUGAGAUCAAA